GCAUGCCAUCCCAACGAGAUGGCAUUCUUCAAGAUCCCCCCCCCCCCCCUUGGUCUUCUCCGAUGCGUGGGUUUCUCCUCUCGUUGGCGCUACUGGCGUGCACCGCCGCCUCCGCCUCUUCUCGCAAUGCCACAAACAGCUACAGCCUCACCAUGAACUCGGUGGACGAGGAUUUCUGCGACUCGACCAAGCAGCUGAGCGGCUACUUCAAGAUCACGGGCUCCAAGUCCAAGAACUACUUCUACUGGUUCUUCGAGUCGCGUGGCAGCCCCUCGACCGACCCUCUGAUUAUCUGGCUCACUGGCGGUCCCGGCUGCAGCUCCAUCCUGGCUUUACUGCAGGAGAACGGCCCAUGCUCCGUGAACAGCGACUUGUCGCUAAAGAAAAAUCCAUACUCGUGGAACGAACGUGCCAACGUCAUGUGGAUCGACCAGCCCGUUGGUGUGGGCUUCAGUUACGGAGACAGGAGCGAGUACGACACGUCAGAGAAGGAGGUGGGCGACGACAUGUACCACUUCCUGCAGGAAUUCUUCAAGGCCUUGCCGGAGUAUCAGAAACUUCCCUUCUACGUCUUCGGCGAGAGUUACGCCGGCCACUACGUGCCCGCGAUCUCGCACAGGAUCUUCACUGGCAACCAGCAAAAGGAGGGACCUGUGGAAAUUAAUCUAAAGGGCUUUGGUAUUGGCAACGGGCUCACGGACCCUGAGGUGCAGUACAAGUACUACCCUGACAUGGCCUACAACAACACAUACGGGGUCAAGGCUGUGUCGUAUCCCGUGUACUUAGCAAUGAAGGCUGCGGUGUCGCCCUGUGUGGGUAUGAUUUCCAGCUGCCAGACGACGAAAGCAGCGUGUCUAGCGGCACAGACAUUCUGCAAUGCCGCCCUGGUGGCUCCCUACUCAGCGUCGGGGUUGAACGUGUACGAUGUGAGGGCAAAGUGUGAACAUUUUCCAAUGUGCUACGACUUCAGUCAUGUCGAGAAGUUCCUGAGACUGAAGAGUACGUUGAAGAAGCUGCAUGUGAGUCCCAAGAGCGCCAAGUGGCAGAGUUGCAACAUGGAAGUCCAUGCGGGCUUUUCGUUCGACUGGAUGAAGAACUUCCAGCAGCUGGUGCCUCCCAUGCUUGAAGCUGGAAUCAGGGGCUUGGUAUAUGCCGGUGAUGCCGACUUCAUUGUGAACUGGAUGGGAUGCAAGGCGUGGACUUUGGAGCUGCCGUGGAGCAAGCAUGACGAGUUCCUGGCUGCUGAAGACAAGGAUUGGACUGUGGACGGCAAGAAGGCUGGUCGGAUCCGUCAGGUCGGACCGUUUACCUUCCAGCAAGUGUACGAGGCGGGUCACAUGGUGCCUCUUGACCAGCCUAAGAACGCGUUGGCUCUGCUCAAGGCCUUCACGCUGCCUGGUGAGCAGGAGGAAGACGUUGCGGACGAAGCUGAACAGCAAUGGUUGGACAAGGAAGCCAUGAUCAAGGACGAGAGUGUCAUGAGCAUCAUGUAAAUGAUGGUUCCAGAAUGGCUGCAUCAAAUGUAUAAGUGAAUUAUUUACUGUUGGCAAAGAGAGUAUGUGAGAGCUAGCUACUGUAGCCACAGCUAAACUGAAUUCAAUUUCAAAGCGGUUUACGCACGAUCAA